GGACAAUGUCACUGUCGUGGAAAAAGGGCACUGAAGCCUUAUGCAUACCAAGAAUCGGCAGAUAGACUUAAUGGGGUGAAAUUCCCCCUUUGGGAAGCUCAACACCAUCGUAAAGGUUAUGGUUUGCAGGCGUGUGGGUAGGAUCAGGUGUGAUAGGAUAACGGAAAAAUAGAUUUGGGAAGAGGUAAACGUGGUAUGAAUGGGGUAGAUGGGAUGAUAACCAUUUGAAUGUUGAUUAGAAAUGCUUCCUGUUGAUAAAGAAUCCGGAAGGAAAGCAACAGUGUUCGCAUGCCGCCGUGCCCAGAAAUCGGUCCCAGAAGUUAAGAUGGGGAUAUCUCGAUAUAUCCCAUUGUUCUAAUCAAUAUGAAUUGGCUAUAAAAGAUUGGUGUUGCCAUCUCACGUUCUUUCUCUCCAUCCCUCUUCUCAAUUCAACAAUACAAGUAUACUAUCACAGUUAAACUUCAUUUCAAUAUGCUUAAAGGUCUUUUCCUCACUGUUCUAGCAACGGGACUUCUCGUUCAUGCAACCCCAGUACCAGCGCCAACCGGUAUUCCAACCACAGCUACUGCUAAUACCGAGCUUGCCGGUUUGACUGUGGCUGCGGCCGGAAGUCAAGAUGGUUAUAGUAGAGAUUUAUUCCCCCAUUGGAUUACUAUCUCCGGCACUUGCAACACUCGUGAGACCGUUCUAAAGCGCGACGGUAAAAAUGUCGUCGUUGAUUCUGCCUGUGCUUCCACAUCGGGAACCUGGGUAUCUCCAUACGAUGGUGCAACCUGGACCGCCGCCUCCGAUGUUGAUAUUGAUCAUCUUGUUCCUUUGAGUAACGCCUGGAAAGCAGGUGCCUCUGCAUGGACCACGGCUCAACGUCAAGCUUUUGCUAAUGACCUUGUUAACCCACAAUUGCUGGCUGUUACCGAUAAUGUCAAUGAGAGUAAGGGAGACCGUGGACCAGAGGAGUGGAAGCCUAGUUUGACUUCGUACUGGUGCACAUAUGCAAAGAUGUGGAUCAAGGUUAAAUAUGUCUAUUCCCUGACAGUCACAAGUGCGGAGAAGGCGGCAUUGGUUACUAUGAUGGCUACUUGUUAAAUGGCUGGCAUUUUUUUCGGCUAAAUGAAAGGGCAAAUGUAUAUAGGUGGACGAGCUCAAGAUGACUUACGAUGGAACGAAAUGAGAGUAGCAGGCUCGAGGCAGGGUAAAAUCAAAGGAGUUGAAGUUGACGUGGGAGUGGAAGUGAGGUGAUUUGAAACGAACGAUGGUUGAGGAGUUAAGGUGUUCAUGUUUGAUCUAUUUAUUAGCGGAGGACUGACAGAGGGAGAGCGUGAGGAGGAGUGAAAAAUCACACAUGACUUACA